CUUGCAGCUGCUUUGAAGCACCUUGGUAAAUUCCCAGUUUUAUCAGUUGUUGGAGGUAAUAUAAAGCAGCCGAGAGAUCAUAAGUUGACAUCAGGCACUUGUGUACAACAUGCUCUGGAUCAUUAGCUGUUUGGCUUUGGUGGCCUCCACUUUAGGCUGUGGAGUGCCUGCAAUUAAGCCGAAAAUUAGUGGCUACAACAAAAUUGUAAACGGAGAAAACGCGGUCCCUGGCUCUUGGCCCUGGCAAGUUUCACUACAGCAAUCUAAUGGCUUUCAUUUCUGUGGAGGAUCCUUGAUUAACUCGAAUUGGGUUUUAACUGCAGCUCACUGUCGUGUUCAGGCCGGAUAUCACUAUGUUAUUCUUGGAGAGUACGACCGUUCCUCCAAUGCUGAACCUGUUCAGGUCAUGAGAAUUGCCAAGGCCAUCAGCCAUCCUUACUACAACAGUCAGAACUUUAACAAUGAUGUCACACUGUUGAAACUGGCCACUCCAGCCCAACUGACUCAAACCAUCUCACCUGUCUGUCUGAUGAGCUCCAGCGACGUUGUAAACGCUGGCACUAUUUGCGUCACCACUGGCUGGGGCAAAACCGGAGUUACAUCAAGUCCUCGUUACCUGCAGCAAGUUGCACUGCCCCUAUUAAGCAAAGCUCAGUGCCAGCAAUACUGGGGACAAAGAAUCACAGAUGCCAUGAUUUGUGCUGGGGCAUCUGGUGUCUCCUCCUGCCAGGGUGAUUCUGGUGGUCCUCUGGUGUGUGAGAGUCGAGGUACUUGGUUCCAGGCGGGUAUUGUGUCAUGGGGCACCUCAGACUGUAACACUCGCACUCCAGCCGUCUACUCUCGUGUCACUUACCUGCGCCAGUGGAUCGACCAGACCGUGGCAUCCAACUAGAGCUCCAACCUGAGUGUUUUCUCUUCAAAACAAUAGGCAUCUGUCAUCUUUUAAGUUUAGUUUGUCUGUUUGGAGUAACUGGUCCCACUAUGAUCUCUCAGAAAAGAAAUGCUAAUAAAAGUUUUUAAAACUA